UCAGUAAUGCUUCGAUACGAGCAGUCGUGCGUGAGGAUUCUAAGUGGGCAGAUCGCUUUGACCCGACAGAACAAUCGCGCUCAACAUAUUGCAUUGGAUUAUAACUUGAGAGUAUCUCGCACACAAUCGCGAACUGUGAUAUUGGCACAAACUUUCUCUCCACACUGAUAUUUGACUUUAUUCCGGGUCGAAAGGAACAAUCGAGUAUCCCGAUUAAGCUAGUUUAUUAUGGAGUACUGGACGAUAGUCUUAUCGAUAUUAACCGGCGUACUUGUCGUUUAUUAUUAUUUCUCGCCUCGCAAACGGUCGAAUGUUUUUCAGCAGCACGGCGUUCCAUAUAUAAGGCCGCAAUUUGUGUUAGUAAGAUUGUGGGAGAUAUUUAUACGUCCAAAAAGUUUUGCCGCGUUAAAUAAAGAAAUAUACAAUUUUCAUCCCGAUGCUAAAUAUAUUGGUUUCUUUAAUUUCUCGCAAGUUGUCGUUGUGUUACGUGAUCUCGAAUUGAUCAAGUCUAUCGGCAUAAAAAAUUUCGACUCGUUUCAUGAUCACAUAUUUUUUGGCAGCGACGCCCAAGAUCCGCUUUUCGGGAAAAAUCUGAUCGCACUUCGUGGAGAUGAAUGGCGUGACGUCAGAACGCUUCUGAGUCCUUCUUUUACGUCUAGCAAAAUGAGGGCUAUGUUUCAAUUGAUGACCGAAUGCGCCGUAAAUUUUUCGGAGUAUCUGGUAAAAGUGCCGCCUGAUAAACGCAUCAUGGAAAUGAGGGACAUUUUUUCGAGAUAUUCUACCGAUGUGAUUGGCACGUGUGCUUUUGGCAUUAGCGUGGAUUCGAUGAGAGAUCCGGAAAACGAUUUCUACAUGUUCGGCACAAAAGCGAUAAAUUUUAAUACAACCGCCUUUAUAAAAAUCCUACUGUACCAACACAUGCCAAGGCUCAUGCGUCUGUUAAAUAUUAAGAUGAUAGAUGAACGUACCAAUGCAUUCUUUAUAAAUCUGAUAGCUGACACCAUAAAGAUCAGAGACGAGAAAAAUAUCAUUCGACCGGACAUGCUCCAGCUGAUGAUGGAUAGUAGAGGGAAAAGAGAGCCCGCAAGAGAACUAACCAUUCUCGACAUGACAUCGCAGGCGUUCAUUUUUUUCCUCGCUGGAUUCGACAGUAGCUCGACCUUGAUGAGUUUCUUAGCGUACGAGAUUGCCGUCAAUCCACAUGUCCAGGAGAAAUUGCAAAAUGAGAUCGAUAAGGUUUUGGAAGAUACAAACGGUCAACCAUCCUACGAGACAGUCAACGGGAUGGUGUAUCUGAACGCUACGAUUAACGAGACUCUCAGAAUGUAUCCGGUGCAAUUGAUGACGGAUAGGGUGUGCACGAAAGACUUUGAGUUGCCCGCUACAUUGCCAGAUGGCAAACCAUUUCUCGUGAAAGCGGGAAUGUUAAUAUGGAUCUCUUUUUAUGGCCUCCAGCACGAUCCCAAGUACUUUCCGGAGCCGGAGAAAUUCAAGCCUGAGAGGUUCCUGGGUGAAAACAAAGAGAGCGAAUGUAAUCUCAAUGCUUAUUAUCCAUUCGGAUUAGGACCGAGAAUGUGCAUCGGCAACAGAUUCGCAUUGCUGGAGACGAAAGUUAUGCUACUACAUCUGUUGGCUCGUUGUGAUUUGAAACCAUGCGAGAAAACUUCAAUACCGUUGAAAUUAAAAAAGGGUGGCUUCUCCAUGCGGGCCGAAGGCGGUUUUUGGCUGAGCCUUGUGCCAAGAGAGAAACGGUACUCUACACAACCGCUCACAAACACAAAUUAAGUAUCUUAGUUGUAAGAUAAUCUUUAUUCUGAAUGUUAAUAUUCAAAAUCUACAAAAACGGGAGACCACGGGCAUAUUUUAUAUAAUAUCAAUGGAUAAUAUAUUAUAUACGUAUAAACUUGUAAAAUAAUUAAAGUAAAAAUAAUAAAGAGAUUUAGUAGUAAUGAUGGACGAUGACAGACGAGAUUGUGCGGCGAUUUUGCAAUUCAUUCUAGCAAUACCAGUAAUCUUGAUUAUAAAAAAAAGCCUUUUAUUCUCUCCAUCAUUUAUCAAUGAUUAAUGAUACACGUGUUCAAGAUCAUCGAAAAUUAUUCUAACAGGCAAUUUUGUCAUCUUUCUGUUGCCAAUUAUUGGAGUAAAUCACGUUAAUCACGACAAAUAUUAGCAAUGUGCAAAAAGCAAAAAU